UGUAAACCUUGCGUCGAUCGAAUUACGCGUACAUAAUUUAAUCUAUAUAGAGCGAAAGAUGGAUGGCUACCCUAGGGCCGUGAUGAUUACCGACUACGAUCGCCGCAAGCAGAUUAGUGUGCGCGGUAUCGCACAGGUAGAAAACGUCAGCAACAUCAAGAAGGCUUUCAAUAGACAUCUGCAUUUUUCCAUCAUCAAGGAUCGUAAUGUUGCAACACCUCGGGAUUAUUACAUGGCCCUCGCAAAUACUGUUAGGGACCAUCUAGUGAGCAGAUGGAUUCGCACGCAACAGCAUUAUUACGAGAAAGAUCCUAAGAGAGUUUACUAUCUUUCUCUCGAGUUCUACAUGGGACGUACUCUAUCGAACACUAUGAUGAACCUUGGACUUCAGGCUACUGUUGAUGAAGCACUCUAUCAGCUCGGUUUGGAGAUUGAAGAAUUGCAAGAAAUCGAGGAAGACGCUGGACUCGGAAAUGGCGGUCUUGGCCGUCUUGCCGCGUGCUUCCUUGAUUCUAUGGCUACUCUCGGUAUCCCAGCUUACGGUUAUGGUUUACGAUAUGAGUACGGUAUCUUCAAGCAACUCAUCAGAGAUGGCUGGCAGGUAGAAGAGCCCGAUGACUGGCUCCGUUUUGGAAACCCAUGGGAAAAGGCGAGACCUGAGUACAUGCUACCUGUCAACUUCUACGGCAAAGUAGUCAAGGAUUCGAAAGGAAAGUCGAGCUGGGUGGACACACAGGUUGUAUUCGCGAUGCCCUAUGACACCCCUGUUCCCGGUUAUCGUAACAAUGUUGUAAACACCCUUCGUUUGUGGAGCGCCAAGGCUGAGAAUCACUUCCACCUAAAGUUCUUCAACGAUGGUGACUACGUGCAAGCCGUUAUGGACCGUAACAUCUCCGAAAACAUCACAAGAGUGCUGUAUCCUAAUGAUAAUGUUUUUAUUGGUAAAGAACUGCGUCUGAAACAGCAGUACUUCCUGGUUGCGGCUACUUUGCAAGACAUUAUUAGACGAUUCAAAUCGAGCAAGUACGGCUGCCGUGAUGCCAUCCGUGUCGACUUCAGCACUUUCCCAGAUAAGGUCGCCAUCCAGCUUAAUGACACUCACCCCUCUAUUGGAAUUCCCGAGCUGAUUCGUUUGCUUGUUGACAUUGAAGGAUUACCAUGGUCGCAAGCUUGGGAUAUCUGCGUAAAAACCUUUGCCUACACUAACCACACUCUUCUGCCUGAAGCUCUCGAAAGAUGGCCUGUGUCUAUGCUACAAUCUUUGCUACCUCGACACCUCCAGAUUAUUUAUGACAUUAAUCAGAAAUUCAUUGAGCUUAUCUCCUCCAAAUAUCCUGGUGACUUCGACAGAAUGCGUCGCAUGUCCAUCGUCGAAGAAGCGGAUCAGUUCGGAGAGAAACGUAUCAACAUGGCUAAUCUCUGCAUCGUUGCUUCACAUGCCAUCAAUGGUGUAGCUGCUUUGCAUUCGGAACUCUUGAAGACCACCGUGUUCAAAGAUUUUUAUGAGGUGUUCCCGGAAAAGUUCCAAAAUAAGACCAAUGGCAUCACACCGCGUCGUUGGCUGCUUCUUUCAAACCCCUCUCUUGCUGACGUUAUCGCAGAGAAAAUUGGAGAAGACUGGAUCACCAAUCUAGACGAGCUGCAGAAGCUGAAACAGUUUGCUGACAAUCCAGGAUUCCUUGACACUCUUCGUCGCGUAAAACAAGAGAACAAAAUGCGUGUAGCUCAGUAUAUCACUGAGGAAUAUAAUGUGGAUAUUAAUCCUGCCAGUAUCUUUGACAUCCAUGUGAAACGAAUUCACGAGUACAAGAGACAAUUGCUCAACAUUCUUCACGUAAUAGCACUUUACAAUAGAAUCAAAGAAAACCCAAGCAUUGAUAUGGUACCGAGGACUUUCCUCUACGGUGGAAAGGCAGCUCCUGGUUACCACAUGGCUAAGCAAAUCAUUCGGCUUAUCACUAGUGUAGGAGAAGUUAUAAACAAUGACCCUAUCGUAGGAGAUAAACUAAAGGUCGUUUUCCUUGAGAAUUAUCGUGUAUCGAUGGCAGAAAAGAUUAUCCCAGCUGCCGAUAUCAGUGAACAGAUCUCAACAGCUGGCACAGAAGCGUCUGGUACUGGAAAUAUGAAGUUUAUGCUGAAUGGCGCGCUAACCAUUGGAACUCUUGAUGGUGCCAAUGUCGAAAUGGCCGAAGAAAUGGGCAUGGAAAACAUUUUCAUUUUCGGAAUGAACGUCAAAGAGGUUGAAGAACUCCAGAAGCGUGGAUACAACGCCGAAGACUUUAUCAACAAAAGUCCAGUUUUGAAACAGAUAGUUGAGCAAAUAGAAGCUGGCAUGUUCACGCCGGAAGACCCUGACCAACUACGUGAUCUCACUAAUAUGUUGCGACAUCAUGAUCGAUUCCUCGUUUGCGCUGACUUCGACUCGUUUGUCAAAUGUCAGGAUAAGGUUGCUGAAACCUACCGGGAUCAACAGAAGUGGUGUCGUAUGGCCCUCAUGAACAUCGCCUCCACCGGCAAGUUCAGUACUGAUCGCACCAUCAUGGAAUAUGCCCGCGAAAUCUGGGGUAUCCAACACGGAGAAAGAGCCCUACCCGCCCCAUAUGAGAGUGUAGAUGGAGUCGAAAAUACCCAGUGCAUUUCUGUUGAUAUGACUUACUCAGCCAUGACUCGCAUUAAUACGAAUAUAGCGCUGGUCGAUGUGCAUUGUUCUCGCGGUACACGACAGAGUGCUAGAAUUACCCUUGCUCACUGUUGGUUAAGAGAUUAA